AUGUCGUCCUUGAAGAAUUCGCAAUUUGGAAAGCGGCUGCGCGCAUUCCGUGGAACUGGAGAUGAGAAUUCGCCAUCCAGGAAGCGACGGAGGCUCAAUCUCGGAUCACUCUCAUCACCCACGAAAUCACCCACAAAGAGGAUAAGGUCGCUGGCCACUGCUGCAUUGGACGUAACCAAUACACCGUCCAAGCGUCAUAAAACCCGGUACAGCAUCGGCAGUGAGGACAGAUUCGUUCCUUCCCGAGACCAGAACAAUCUGUGGGCAUCCUACAGUCUGGAUGAAAAUGCUAAUAAACCUUCGCCAUCUGUGAGACAGCCAAUGCGACGUUGGUCUCUUCCAGACCCUGAAACAGAAAGAGCCGAUGACCUUUUCAAGUCUGUUCUUCGGUCUGAACUCGCAGGUUCACCUAUCGCCUACCAUUCUCUUUCAAGGAAGUCCCAGUUCGAAAACUCACCCAGUCGUCUUGAUGACCCAACGGACCGUUCAUACCAACUCAGCCCUUUACACCCAGAGACAAGUUCAUUGAUAAAUCAGCCGCGUCCCGAAUAUCGCAAUGUGGCGAAAACACCUUUUCGCAUCCUGGAUGCACCAGGUCUUUCGGACGACUUUUACACCAACCUUGUAGAUUGGGCUCCUUCCGGCGUUUUAGCUGUUGGUUUGGACAAACACGUGUAUCUUUGGACGGGAGAUAAUCAUAAAGGUGGAGCGAAAUUGUGUACGGCCUUUGACUCGAAGGAUGAGUACACCUCCUUGGCAUGGAUGAAGUCCGGGUCUACUUUAGCAGCCGGUACUGCUCAAGGUCAUCUGGAAAUCUACGACACCUCUACCCUUCGUCUUAUACGCAGAUACAAGAAUGCUCACGCUCACGUUGCUGGCAAACGUAUCGGCUCUCUUUCCUGGACUUCCGACACCCUAUCUUCCGGCUCACGAGAUCGCAUGAUAAAGCACUGGGACUUUCGCGACUCGAGUGCUAAACCAUUCAGACAGUGUGCUGCCCACACACAGGAAGUUUGUGGCGUGAAAUGGAGCGGGGACGGUGGAAUACAGGCGUCCCUGUUGGCGAGUGGCGGGAACGAUAACAGAUUGUGUAUCUGGGAUCUUCGGGGUUCUGUACGGGAGUCAAGUACCAGCGCGGGUUGGAGUCCUUUUGUACGAAACUUCGUCAGCGAGGAUGAAGGAGUGUCCGGAAUCGCUCCUCUGUAUCGAUUUCGUCAGCACAAAGCUGCUGUCAAGGGUCUUGCUUGGGACCCUCACUUAUCAAAUGUGCUGGCUUCCGGUGCAGGACAACAGGAUGCGUGUAUCCGGCUAUGGAAUACGGCAACAGGGACAAUGACGAAUGAGAUUCGGACUGGGAGCCAAGUAUGCAAUCUUCUGUGGUCUACCAACUCCCACGAGCUCGUCUCUACCCAUGGGUAUUCCACUCAGACCAUCCCAAACCAAAUACGCAUUUGGAAAUACCCUUCCAUGAAUAUGGUCGCUUCGUUGACUGGCCAUACUGAUUGUGUUCAAUACGUUUCGUUGAACCCGAACGGAGAAACUAUCGUCACUGGAGGUGGUGAUGAAACUCUCCGAUUCUGGAAUGUCUUUCCUGGUCGGACUUCCAGUUCGAAGGACGAAAACAGUGUGCUGGAUUAUGGGAAGCUGAUACGGUAA